UACCACAAAAGUGCGACUUGGGCCCGAAGCGACCCUUUGGAGACAAGCUUUUCCCCAGGGUCGGGAUCGCAAGGAGGCCUCCUCUUUGCUCAGAAAGCGUUUUGAUGCCAUGCCGUGGAAAUUUCAAUCGACGGCAGCAUGCUGGAAGCCGUGGCCUCCAGGGCGACAUGCUUUCAACGUGGUGACAAACAGCCGGCGACACACAAGCCACGGCAAUUCUGCGCAGCGCGCCGGUUGGGGGCCUCUUCAGCAGCGCGGACAGUCUGUGCGCGACCGACAUCGCAUCAACCUGGUUCAACACCAGUACGGUGGGGCUUUCUCCACCGUCGCGCCCCCCGCAGCGCUAGCGCAGCUCACAACACUUACAAAGCUCGAUUUGAGCAACAACAAGGCAACCUUGGAUGGCACUGGACUGCCAUUAGCCUACUCGGCUCUGUCCAACCUUGUGCAGCUCAACCUUAGCUACUCCAACCUCCAGGGAGGCCCCGUUCCUUCGGCCUUCCACCCCGAGUGGAGCCAACUGACGGGUAUCCAGUCAGGCUGGAUUGACUUGUCCAGUAACAGGUACCUGGGCGGGAACGUUCCUGAUUCCUGGAGCGCGCUUGCUGGUGUUGAAAACAUCAACGUGGCGAACACAGGCGCAUGCGGCACGCCUAAUGCCGCUGUGGCGGCUGGCCUUUCACCCGCGAGUUCCCCCCUUCCAACGAGAUGCGAACGGGUUGAUUUCCGAAAGGUCCUGGAGGUGGAUUUGAAGCCGGUCCUCAACAACGCCACGAGCGCCGGCAGCAAGUGCGAUCUGAACACUGACUGGGACUCCACGCGAACAAUAGACACCUGGACAGGCGUGACCGCGGUCCCGCUCACCACGUCUGGCGUGGAUAUAUUUGAGGUGCGUGUCUUGCGUGCGGGGCGCAUAUCUACACACCAGGCGUUCAUAACAGAAAUUCAGUAAGCGCUGAGGCCGGUCUGCUAGGGCCUACGCACACGCAUGCCAUUAUUUUGGGGGUUGAUGACCACCUGCCCA